AUGGAUGAAGUAAAAGACUUGACGGUAACUCACUGCGGCCAUCUAUUCUGUUCCGAGUGCCUCCACUCGUCCCUCAACAUCGAUGUGUCGAAAAAGAUCUGCCCAAUAUGUCGACAGAAGAUUGACUCACGGCCGCCUAACGACGGAAAAUUCACCCAAAGGGCAAAGGGUUAUUACGCCCUUGAACUUAAACUGAUCACAAGAAAGAGUUUAGGCAAGCGCAAUGCUCGCAUAUGA